ACGAAAUAUCCAUUUUAUUAGAAACAUGGCUUCUGCUGGAGAUUCAACAGAUAUGAGCGAUUUGGAUGAAAUGCUUAACGAUGAUGAGUUGAGUCAGGUAGAAGAGGUUGGAAAUUCCGGAAAAAACAAGGAUAAAGAGAUGGAAGCAAAGGUAAUCGACGAAGCGAACAGUGCCAACUUUGCAGCCGCACUAAACCAGAUUCUGGAGAGCACUCCAGACGAAACCACGAAUCCGUUGCUAAAACGAAAGAGAAAGCUGACUCCCGAAGAGAAAGAGCUCAAAAAGCAGAAAAAAGAAGAGAUGCUGAAGAAGAUGGAGAUUCCUCGGAAGGGUUAUGUGAAGCCUAAUCCAGAUGAUGCGGAGAUGGAGAAGAACCUGCGCAAAAUCGCCACAAAGGGAAUUACCGCUUUGUUCAACGCGAUUUCGCGCGGAAAGCGUUUGCUUCCUUCAAUCAAGAAAGAGAACGAAGGAAAGAAGAAGAAGGAUCGCGUGAAUAUCGUGGAAAAGUUCAACGAGAAGAUCGAGGACUCGAAGCAGAAAUUGGCGGAAGAGCAGAAGAAUGAGAAGAAAUGGUCGGUUUUGGAUGAACACAUGGUGGAGAAGGGAGCGGAUAUGCAGAACUGGGAUACGAAGGAAGAGAGUUCGGAUAACUGGGACGACGAUGUAGAUCUUUAA